CAAACCCUAGAGACUGCCACUUCGCUUCCCUCGCGCUCGCACAGGCUUUCAGGUGAUUGAAAGGGUCUACAGGCAGAUGUUUCUUCAGAUUCUUCGAAACCAAUGGCUCCUAAAGAUGGUGGAGUGGCAAAUGGAAGCCAUUUUCAAUCCGAAGAAAAUAUUAAAAGUUUAGAAGUGCUCAGGGAGGUUGAUGUUGAAACAGAGAUCAAAACUCGUAGAUGUGUGAUGCCUUUCGUUUGGUCUAGACCACAUGUCACAAAAUGACAGUUUCAAUUUCACAGAACUUCAUUGGUUUUCUCCUUUGUCGUGUAGGUAAGCCCAAGAAAACUAAGAGAAAGAAAAAGGAGGAUCAUGAUUCAUCAAAAAAGGGUAAGACACUGAAGAAGGGAGAAGCUGAUCAGGAUGAGGUUUCUCAUCUCUCUCCUGGGGAUGAGAGCUGCUCCAAAGGGAUGACAGGUAAUUCGAAGAAAGCUAGAAUGAAGAGAAAGAAGGAUCAAAAUUCAUCCAAGGAAGCUGAGAAGUCACAGGAAAAGAGAGGAGAAGCUGAUCAAGACGAAGUUUAUCAAAUCUCUUCUGUGUACGAGGACUGCUCGAAAGGAAUACAAAAAUGGAUUAUGGAAUACCUCCAAAGUAGACCAGGGUUGAAGGUAUUGCAGCAAAAGAUUGAUGACUCUAUAACUGCUCACAUGGCACAACUAGAGCGGGAAAGGAAAGAAAGAGGGGCCCAAGCUGCCGAAGGGGGUUGGAUAGUUGUUGUUCAUCAUAAAGGAAAAAGACAAUGGAUGCUGAAAGUGGAAUUACUGUGGGCUCCAUAGCCCAGGCUGUUGUGGAGGAUAAGAUGGCCAACAAGAAGGGUAAAGAAGUUGGCUUAGAUUUCUACCGCUUUCAAAGAAGAGAAGCCCAGAGGAAUGAGGUCAUGUUGUUGCAAAGCAAGUUUGAGCAGGAUAAAAUGCGGAUUCAACAGCGAGCUGCUAGGAAGUUUUGACCGUACUGAACACUGCACAGUAGAAAGAACGGCCGGCCAGCAGCUGAGAUUGUUGCAAUUUUGUAGUCCCUUAUUGUGGAUUUCUUCUUCUUGUGAAUUUACUGUGGUUAUUUUGGUAAUUAACUGGUGAGCAUAUAGCUUUUAGAUCAUCACUAACAUGUAAGAUUGGAUUUUGCAGUUUGAGUUCAACCAAGUCCUGUGGCAGCAAGAUAGGUUAAUAAACGCAGAAGAUUUUACAUUCUCUGUGUUUCCAACAUCCUUCUUUUUUGCAACACAUGGAAAAAGGGAGGGAAAGUAGGGGAAGGAAGGAUCUCCCAUUGUUGAUAUUUAGGGCUGUAAUCGAACUGAAUCGAGCCGAAUAUUUAAUGUUCAAACU